GCCCCCCCCCCCCCGUUCCCUCCCCUCCCCUCCCCCUGGGGCUGGGCCCGGGCCCUGUGUUGUUGUGGGGUGAGGGGGAGAGGCCUUUCACUUCAGCUCCCUCUCCCUGUGUGAACUGACUCCCUGUGGGUGAAGAUCCCUCACAGGAAUAUGUGGCCAGGACAAACGGUGUUGUUAAACAAGAGACAGGGGAAGAAAUCUGUGCAUCUUCCAGAGAGUGUAAGGUAUCAUUAGUAUGAUGAGACUGAGAGAUGGGCAGACAAGAUCCUUCCAGGCACCUGUAGAUGUUCACGCUUCACAAGAUGGUCAGGUUUAUUUGUUUGGGAGUGAAGUUGCAACAUCCGAUGAGUCAUCAGAUGAAGACCAGUGUAACAUUGAACUGCGGCCCAGAGGUCGAGAGUGUCAGUGGUCCAGUGUUACUGAGGAGAAAUCCAACAGUACAGUGCUUCUUAUUCGAGAGGUUGUUGAUGGUGACAACCUCAAUACUUUUGCAUUGCAGUAUGGUUGCUCGGUUGCAGACCUCAAAAGAGUGAACCACCUCAUUAGAGAGCAAGACUUCUUUGCCUUAAAAACAAUAAAAAUUCCUGUGAAAAAGCACAGUUUAUUGACAGAAGCACAUGAAGAGGCGAAGCGACGGCAGCCUUUUUCUGCAAAUAAUAGGGCCUCCACAUUUGUAGAGGGUUGUAUUGCAACAGACCAAGGAGCAAAUGAGAAUAAAUUGAAUGAAUAUUUUGAAGAAAUUGACAAGGGCAUCGAGAGAGUCAUCCAGUCUGCAGAUCAAUGUCAAGAUCGCUUAGAAGAAGUGGUUUAUUGUCAAAAACCUAAUGGAUUUAAUUCAUCCCCAUUAUCUCCAAAGGACGUUCAUCAUGGAGCCGACUGGGGUAUUCGGUGGUGGAAUGCUGUGGUAAUCAUGCUUUUAGUGGGUAUUAUUGUCCCAAUAUUUUACGUGGUGUAUUUCAAAAUUCAAGAGACUGAGGCUGCUGUGGACCCAACAGCUCCAAAUGGCACACUAUCAACCACAAUACAGUCUAAAAUUGCACCAUCUAUAGAUGGCUGAAUGGGAUGGACUGAAAAGUUAAUUUCUUCAUCAUUGGUAACUGUACACAGUAACUGGUUGGAACAUUUUAAGUCAUUGGUUAAAGAUUGGUACAGAUAGCAUGCCUGUACCAGUGCAGGGAAAUGUAUUCCAUUAUUAGACCUUUACUGUGACACUGGAAUUGCUUGUAAAGGUCCAGUGUAAGUCCUAAACUGAAGUUUGCAUUUUCAUAUAAUUUCCUGAUUUAUAGCAACUUUUUGCAGUACCCCUUUAGGGCAUUUAUCAGUUUCUGAUCAUUUAAGAAAAAUGAUUUUAUUCGAGUUUACAACCAAAUUGUUAGUAGUCACAUUGUUUCUAGUCUAUUUCCCUGGGCAUUUGAUGGCUACUGCUGAAUUCAACAGAUGUAAACGGCGGAUUGAUCAAACAAAGUGCACUAGGUAGUGCCAGCUAUGCCUGUGCUAGCACUUGAGAUUUAUUAUAAAAGUAUUUAAUAAAUAAGCAGAGAAUUAAGUUAAUGUCACAUACCUUCCACAUUGGAUCACAGUGCCAAAUAAUAGCAGCCCUCCAGGUUUGUACUAACAGUUUUCAAUGCUUGAUUCUUUGAAAUGUUUCUAAUGACAUGACCUAGAUCACAGUGGUCUCAGAUUAAUAACUACAUUGUAUUUGAAAGUUGAUGCAUUUUCAUGAACCAGCAUUCUAGUCACAUGCAGAAAAGGUGUUUUUGCCUGUCAUCAUGUUGAGCCUUCAUUUUGUCAUUCUGGCCAGUGAUUUUUAAUUUACGUCAUGUUGUGUUGGAGAGGACAUAUAAAAUUUCUGUUGAUUAAAUUUAAAUUUGAAUUGUGUGGUUAUGAACUGCAGAGAUCCAUGUAAAGGUGCUGUUGAAGUAAUCUGCUGUUGUGAAAGAACAAUGUACAUGCUCUUGUUCAGAACUGAAACCUAAGAAAAGUGGCAGUAAAAAUAGAGCAUAAACAGUAAAAUUUGACAUUUGGGAAAA